AUGAAUGCAAAGCUCCGUGGAGAUGAUAUCAAAGAGCGGCUUGCCGAUCGCUUCUGUUACGUCCUCGUGGCUGGUGCACAUAUGUACAGCGACAAGCGUCUUUCCAGCAACCUCAAGAGCGCUGCAGCAGAGCUGGCAGAAUUAGCACAGACGAUACCGACAAUGACAAAGUUCUAUCAUGAGCAAAGUCACCGAAAGAUGCUCGACAUGCUCGUUCAUCCGAGUCAAUUUCGGGAUGAUGCCGAAAAGAAGAAAGAUGAACUACUUGCGCCAAUCUUCGUCAAACUUCUCAAGGAUAUCAUUUUCAACGAUCCAGAUUUUACCGUUCCAGGCUUGAAUUGCGUCUUUCAAAUGGUUUCUAUCACAAUGGAGCAUCGAUGUGUUCUCACCUGCGACGUAGACAAUCCGCCUGCGGAUGCUUUGCCAUUCGAUAUCGUCGGUAUUGGACCUGACCACCUCGAGCUUGGCGACCGAGUGUUUUCCCUUCCUCUCAGAAGAAAGCACUUCCGUGAUGGAGAACAAUUUGAGCACCCCAUUACGAAAGAAUACUUUGAAGAUGUAGCGUAUGCGCCCUUGGCAUUUCAAAAUGUCUGGGCAGCGACGUACCUCGCGCGCCCUAUGGGUGGAGUCCAUGUCGUCCACUCCCAACCUGUCGAAGACGGGGCUGAGGCGGAGCAUCCCAAGAUUUUCCAAUUUGUCGGAGAUUGCUUUCUGUCAACAGUGAGAUGGCUUUCACCAAGUCGUGGACUUAUGCCGAAGGCCUGGCUGUCUUACGAGACGGAGGACAGCGACGAAGCUGCAUGUCAAAAGGAGUUCGGGGACCGAUAUUCAGAUUUUGAUGAGGAUGGUGAGAUAUAUCUUUGCUAA